UCCAACAACAACAGGACAGGAAACGCCUCCAUCGUUAUUGCCAUCACAUCAGCUCGCUUGUCUCCAACCCAAAAUAGCACUCUGGUCGGACUAGCUAGAGCAUCCCACAAGCGGCGUCCUGAGCUCCUGGUGACUUACCAGUCUAUCUUACGUGUGCCUUGCAAGAAUCAAAAGUCAAUCAACAUGAUGAUAUUGCCCAAGAGUUCCAGACAUUAUGUCAGGACUCUUGUGGUCCUGACAAUGAUGCUGUGGUUGCCAAUGGCCGAGUCGUCUCGAGGAAUCUUUGGUGGGAGUCGGUUUCCAGUCGCUGCUAUUUUUGGCAACCCGAAAGAUCGAGACACUGCAGAGGAAACUCCUCCCAUUCAGAUCAUCACGCCGCCACCACCGCCUCCGCCCCCUUCGAUUCCCCCGCCACCACCGCCCAAAUUAUUGGACAGCAUGGCAGUAGUAAAAGAAGAAAUCACAGAAGUAAUAGUGGAGAAAGAUCCACAAGAAGAAGAAACUACAUCCAUCAGUAAUCCCCAAGAACCAACAAUCACCGAGUCAUGGUCCCUUGACAAUCAACAGCAGCAACAGCAACAGUACAUGCCUCCUCAACACCUAUAUCAUGUUCCGCCACAACAGUACUACUAUGAUGAACAACAACAACAACAAGAACAACAACAACAAGAUCCAUAUCACCACUGGCCACCACCAUUAUCCCUAGAACAACAAUUGGAAGAAAGCCGUGCCCGAGAACAAGAACUAUUAGCGCAAAUUCACAAUUUGACCGAAACCAAUCAACACGUCCAACAACAAGAUCAAAUUCACAGUCGACAAAUGGAUGUCUUGACGGAACGCAUCAUGGAAGCGGAAGCGCAGAUUGCCCACGAAUCCAAUCGCGUUUUGGAAUAUCAAGCGAAUUGUACCGCCAUGGGACGUCAAAUGGCGGUGGUGCAUCAAGAAUUGGCCGAUUGGCAAUCCCGCUGUGCCAGUUUUGCCGAUGAACAUGCCACCAGUCAAACCAAAAUCAAAGAACUCAAAAAGAAUUUAGCCGAUGCUAGAGCCAAAGCGGAAAACUUGGCCAUUUCCAUUGAAAAUGCCCGGAUUCGGGAUCAAAUGGAUUUGGGGUUGUCCAAGAAGAAGAAGAAGAAGAAACAAUCCCUGUUGGGAUGGGUCUUUAGUUUUCUGUGGUCCUCAGCGGAAUCCUCCUCCGAGUCAGACGAUGAAGAGUAUCAAUCACCACAGGAACUGGCCAAAUCGACACUCUUGCGAGCCUUGCAAAUUGAACGAGACAACAUUGAUGAGUUGGAAAGUGCCAUGGCAUCGCUGCAGAGCAACAAUUCGGCCAUUGCAGAAAUGGUCAAGUCACGAGAUAUGAUCAUUGAUGAACUCAAUGAUCGAGUGGCCGUCUUUGAAGAAGACAAGGUCGUAUUGAAAGCGGCACUCAAGCAAUUGCAAAAGGAAAUGAAGGAAGAAGCGCCACGAACCGAAAAGUUACUGGCGGAUUUGGAAACGGCGAGACAAGAAAAUGUGCGAUUGGCGGGAGAGAUUGAAUCCCUUGUGGAGAUGCAUCAAGGAGAAAUCAAUACACUUUCACUCAGCAUUGCAGAGGCACAGAAUGCCGCCAAUGCUUCCGAAUCCAAUCUAACGGCGAUUGGGCAAUACGUAGACACUUUGGAGCAGCGGUUGGCAUCGUUUGCCAUCAUUCGAAGGGAUGUCGAAUUGAGAGAGCAGAAAUGCAAGCAAGUGGAAGAACACGCGUUGCAGGUGGAAGAGGAACGUGACAAUCUGCGAGCCAAGAUUGAAGAAUUUGAAGUAGAGCAGAGCGAUCUCAAGGCGUUGUUUGAAGAGCUCGUACAAGAGCAAACCAAGUUGAGGGGAGAUAAGGCUGAGUUGGAAAAGGAACGAGACGCGCUACUGGAAGGGGCUCAGAGGUCUAGGGAAGCUCUGGCAUCUCUAGAAGUCAACAUGAAGCAACGGGACAAUGACAUUGAAGAAUGGAGAUCCAAGGCUGUAGAGUUGGAGAACGAACUGAAUUCGACAAAGCAGGUAACCACAGAAGUCGAAAAGGGGAUGCAAGAGGUGCAGGCUGGUAAGGAAGACUUGGCGAAACAAGUUGUGACAAUGAAGAGUUUCAGUGAGGAGCUUCAAGCCAAGCUAGACAGCAAAACGGAGGAGAUAGCCGCAAUGAAGGAGCAGCUUGCAAUCAAGGCAUCUGAGCUAAAGAAGAACGAGGAGGAGCUGUCGAGCAGGGCUGCUGAGUUCAAGAGAAUCCAUGAGGAGCUUGAGGAACGCAACGAAAAGGUGAAAACACAAGAAGCCGAACUGGCAAACCUCAAAGAGUUGGCUCAAAAGCCUCAGCCUCAGCCGCUGCCUAAGGAAGCUGAACCUGUGGAGCUGGAAUCAGUGGAGCCCAAACCCGUGGAGCCUGAACGGCAAUCAAUUGAUCCCGUAAACGCUUCUGAGGCGGAAGAAUCCCCAAGUGAGGUGAAUUCGAACAGCACGUUGCCCGACCAGAACAAAACUACAUCGACUUCAAACCCGCCCGUGCGCUUACCCAAUAAUCGAAAGCCACCAACAGCACCGAAAGCGGACAGCGCAAAGCCGAAAAAGCGAAAUGUACCCCUCCGCGGAGUCCGAAAGAUCUUUGCUAAAACCACAGGGAUUCACGGGGCAUUUACACCACCUUCAACAAAAAGGGAAACUCCAAAAGGUUCAUCACGGCCAACACGCCAAUCUGCGAAGAAAGGCCCGCCUCCGAAGCGGGCUCCACCAAGACAGAUCCCUCCACCAAAAGGUUCUUACGGGGCAAGGAAUGCACCUCCGCGAAAGAUUGGAUCUCCCCCACCAAGGAUGCCAGGACCGCCCAUUCAUGGUAAAGCAGAUCAACCAGAUCUGCCGCCAAAUAAAGACCAGAGGGGUCCUCCUCCUUUGCCAACACGAUCAUUUGGAAAACCAUGACGACAACGGUGAUGCGCUUGCUCGUAGUAGUAACGUUAGCGCCCGUUCCUUGUAAACUAGAAGAAACAGGUUA